AUGGGAGAUACCGUCGAAAUUUCUACAUGGCCUGAUCACCAAAAUGUUUUUUAUGAAAUUACAAGUAGUGCAUUGGUAUUCUUUGUGAAGUCUUCUAGAAAUGCUGUGAUAGGUUUAUCUAAAACACCAUAUCCUAAUACUUGUGAUUAUUGGAUUGUUAUAAGUAAUCAUCCACACAGUUAUAUAAAGAGAGGAAUUGAACCUCGAAAAAAGGUUCAUACUCCUGGUAUUCUCAGUGCAGAAGAAUAUCGAAAAUUUUGGAUCUCAUGGAAUGGAAGCUUUAUAAGGCUUGGUCGUGGAGAUGACAGUACUCCAAUAAUUGUAUAUGCCAAUAAAGUUCCAGGAUUAAAUUACAUUACAUUUGAUGUAAGAACAAGAAGAGCAAGAAAUCCUGUACAUUGGAAGUUUGAAUUACCACCAAUGUUGAAUAAACCAAAGUUGAAAACUCUGAUGGGUGGUGAGCCACAAUGGCUUCCAGCUGAUCAUCAAUUACCAGAUGGAGCAAUAAUUGGUGGUUAUGAAAAAGAAGCACUGUAUAUAAUAAGAGCACCACAUAGGGGUUCACUUACCCCUGGCAAGUUUGUUCCAUCAUUAGGUCUUGGUUUUAUACCUUGGGGUGGUGAGGCGAAUGAAAAAAGUGAAUUUGAGGUGCUUUGUGGGUACAAUUGCAUAUGGGUCCCCAGUCGUGUAAAUAAAAUACCAGUUGGUGCAGUAGUUGGUGGCUAUUCGGAAGAUGAUGGUCGUGAACAACUUUAUGUGGGCCGUGCUGCACAUGAGGGCCAUCUUAUACCAGGAAAAGUACAACCGUCACAUAAAGUGUGUUACAUACCAUAUAAUAACAAAGAGAUAGCGAAAAGCAGCUAUGAGAUAUUAAUUGUCCCUAACAGUAACACAUGUUAUGCAAACAAAUUUUUUGUAUAUGACAUAGAAAUUGAAAGUGGAUCAGAAUCUGAAAGUGAUGAAUCUGACAAUGAUACAAGUGGUGAAUUUUAUAAUGAUUCUGAUAACGAUAGAGUUUAUUAUGAAGACGAUAUCGAGUAA